GUGGAGACAGACAGGUGGAGACAGUGAUGGAGCUGCAGACAGAUUUCUGUUUUGUCCUGAUGGAUUUUUAAAUUUGAACAUUUGAACAGACAGACAGAGAGACAGAGAGACAGACAGCUCCUCCGCUGCUGCAGAGAGCCUCGCGCCGGUCGGUCCCGUUGUCGUCAUGGGAACGGUGCUAUCUCUGUCUCCGGGCUCGCGGAAAGCUGCGGCUCGUGGGCCGGAGAAGCUCGUGGAGCUCGCGGUGCAGAAGCCGCUGGAGCCCCGCGAGGAGGAAGAGGAGAAGGACGAGAAGAAGACGAAGAAGAAGAAGAAGCGGCACCCGGUGCUGCUGCACGCGCUCAGCUGGAAGAAACGUCUCGUGGCCGCGCGAGCUAAGAGGAAGGGCGGGAAGAAGGUGAAGCCCGCGGUGUCCGAGCCCGGGCACGUGCAGCGGGAGCAGGCGGGCACCGACAGCCGCCACAGAGCGCUGAAGACCGGACACAGACACGGACCCAUCCCGGUACCCGUACCCACCGUACCGAAACACACCCAGAACCAAAACCAGAACCAGGAUAGGCCGGACCUGAUCAUCUCCCCGCGGAGGGUGGUGGUGCAGGCAUCUACAGGUGAGCUUCUUCGCUGUCUCUCUGACUUUCUGUGUCGACGUUGUGUCAAACUGAAGGAGCUGUCGUCCAAUCAGAUCGUCCUGUGGUUCCGAAAUGUAGACAGAGCACUGCUGGUUCAGGGCUGGCAGGACCAGUGCUUCAUCAGUCCUGCCAGUCUUGUCUUCGUGUACCUGCUGUGCAGGGAGGCUGUGGAUGAGGACACAUCUUCAGAGCAGGAGCUCCACUCCACCGUCCUCACCUGUCUCUACCUGGGCUACUCUUACCUGGGCAAUGAGAUCUCGUAUCCCCUCAAACCUUUCCUGGUGGAGUCCAGCCGUGAUGCAUUCUGGGAGAGAGCGCUGGAGCUGAUCGACCGACUGAGCACCGAUAUGCUGCGAAUCAAUGCCGACCCACACUUCUUCACCGAGGUGUUUCAGGAUCUGAAGAACCAGGGAGGAGAGAGGGAGAGAGUGAAAGAAAAAGAGAAGGAGAGAGAAAAGCAGGAGAAAGAAAAGGGGGAGAGGGAAAGGGAGGAGGAGGAGAGACAGAUAAUUAAGGAGAGGCAGGAGAAAGAGGAGGAGAAAGAGAACGAUGGAGGAAACAGGAUUGAUGAACUGGAUCGUUAAGAGAUAAAAAAAGAGGAGAGAGGAGACUACAGUAUUUGUUAAUGAGACUCGCCAGCAGCUGUCGACCCGCUGAGGUCUGAAUGUAAAGCAGCUGCACCUGCAGCUUUAACGCUGUUACCAUGGCGACUGACGACAGUCAGAUUGAUCGUGACCUUUGACCACCUGCUGAAGAGAGACUGAAAUGUGGACACUAGCUCACUUUAACUGCAUGCUGUCAAUCCAAACCAACAGUAUCUCCUGAUUGUACCAUCGUGGAUGUAGACGAGUUGCCGUGGCAACCUUACAUACGAUCUCCAGCCUUAUUUUGUUUAGUUGCAUAGCUGAAGAAAGCUUAACGUGUUAGUGCUGCAGGAAGGCGUUUAUUUAUCUAUUUAUUGAUUAAUCACAUGGGGUUAGUUAUUGACUGGUCAUUAUUUUUACCUUAAUACACAGCUUUAAGAUGGCUGUUACACUGGAUGCAUUGUGGGAAAUGUAGUUUAACAGCUGCACUCGAAUGACAGAUUUAAAGCUUGAUCACAAAAUGAGAGCAGCCAUGAGGAAGGUCAUGGGACCUGGUGUUUUUUUGUCUUAAGGCUGAAUGUAAAAGCAGUCAGGUGAACUGAACUGUGCCAACUGUUUUUGUAUAGAAAUCAAACCAUCGACAUAAACA